AUGAAGCCUUCAGAACAAGCCCGCUUCGACACGCUCCUUGAGUGGUCGGAGAAACACGGCGGAAAACUGCAUCCGUCUCUCGAGAUCUACAACGAUAAUGUCACCAAGUAUUCCCUGCGCGUCAAACCGUCAACCGGUGAUGCCCUGCAGCCGGGCUUCAGGGCAGUUACGUGCCCCGCUACAACAACCCUCAGCUACCUGAACGCCCUCAUCGAUGGUCCCAUCAAACUCACCGAUAAUGCCGCUACCAAUCCCACCGAUUCCCCACCAAGUCCACGGACUGGGGCAUUCCCUCCCAGCUUCACCCAAUCCGUCCCGCCCCAUGUCCUUGGCCGCUUCUUUCUAAUCAAGGAGUACCUCAAGGGGAAGGAUUCGUUCUGGUGGCCAUACCUCGCAACCCUGCCCUCCCCAGACCAAGUCAACGCCUGGGUGCUGCCGGCAUUCUGGCCCGAGGACGACAUCGCCUAUCUGGAGUGCACCAACGCCCAUGUCGCCAUCCAAGAGAUCCAGGCCAACGUCAAGGGCGAGUUCAAGCAAGCCCGGAAGAUCCUGAAAAAUGAGAACUUCCCCGACGUCGCCGCCUAUACGUCCCUGAUGUACAAAUGGGCUUUCACCAUCUUCACCAGUCGCAGUUUCCGCCCCUCCCUCAUCCUAUCUGACACCACAAAACGGCACAUAUCCACCCUCCUUCCCCAAAGCGUCGAACUCGACGACUUCUCCAUCCUCCAACCCCUCCUCGACAUCGCCAACCACUCCCCCACGGCCGUCUACUCCUGGGACACCACCUCCCCCGCCGACGCCUGCACGCUCGUGUGCGGUGACCGCUACCCGCCCGGCGCGCAGGUCUUCAACAACUACGGCCUCAAAACCAACAGCGAGCUCCUCCUCGGCUACGGUUUCAUCCUACCGCCCACCCCCUCCCUGCACAACGACUACGUGCACCUGCGCAAGACCCAGCAGCGCCCGCCCAGCUCCGACCCAACCAUCACCCACAACCCCCACCUCCCCCAAACCUUCCUCGUCUCCCUCCGCCCCGUCACCCACCCCAGCUCCGCCGCCGUCUACCGCGCACGGCCAACCCUGAACCCAACCCCCCUCCGACGACCAAUCCCCGACGGCGGCGACAACAACGAUGGAGGGCGCCACCACCACCACCAGCAGCAGUGGAAGUCUAGCGCUGCUCCCCUGCUUCGCGCACUUCGAGCCCGCACUGCUGACCGACCUAGCCACGACGCUAGCGACGCCCGCGCAGCUGCAGAUGACGGAGCAGUGGCUGCAAGAAGCGGGGGGCGGGGCGGCAGGUUGGGGUGGGUGUGGAAGUGGAAGUGA